AUGAAGAAAGAAGAAGCUGAUGUUGAAGAGGCUGCUCAAGCUCCUUUUGAAGAAAAUGUCGUCAUAUCCCUUGUUGUGAGAACAGAGGAAGCCCAAGAGAAGGUGGCUGAGGUUACUCAGCCAGAGAUUAUCAGAUCUGAGGGGGAAACCUCCAAAGAUAAGGAUGUUGAAGAAGAAAGUUCCUCAUCUGAGGAGGAACAUGAUCAAUACAGAGCUGAAGAUGAACUGUUGGAAGAAGAGCAAAAUGAAGCUGCUAAGGUAGCUGAGAAGGAUCAACCGGAGCAAUCCAUGCAGAUUCAUACAAACUUUGAGGCAAUUCAGAGUAUGGAAGCAAAGUCUCAAGAGAAUUCAUCAAAUGAAGAAUCCUCUACUAAGGGUAACAAGAUUUUAAAGUCUAUGACUUCUGUUCUCUCAUCUCUUCAGAAGAGCAUGAUAAAGGCCUUGAACACCCAGGAAGAAGAAAGAAAGGAUUUUUCCGAAAUUAUCAAAGAAUUUGCUGACUCUAUUACAAGGAAGUUUCAAGCAAAGGAGAAUGCAAAAGCUAAUGCUGAAAGAGAUCAACCUCGAAUCACCCAAGGCGAGUCAAGUAGAAGAAGUGACGGUGUGUCAACCGUCACUAGAUCCAGACGGGCUCCAUGUAACGAUGAUAAUCCUAGGCCAACAAAGAGAGGUGGAGGUCGAAGCGGUGGUGAUCGUGGAGGUCGAAGUAGUGAUGGUGGUCGUGGUAGGCAAUCCGGGCUUGAUCAAAGAGGUCGUGCAAGCGGCGGUGAUCGUGGUGGUAGAUAA